AUGGAUCUUAAGAGUGCAACUCUCUUAAUGUGCUGGUUGGGUUUAAGUCAAGCUGGAGUCAUAGCUUCUAACUACAACCCAACUCUGGUCAAGACAGUUUCAUCACCAGUAAUCACCAAUACUAUCACACCAGUUUACUCCCAAGGACCUUAUUACGAAUCAAUAGUGACGACACACGAAAGCAAUCAGAAGUCUUCAGAUGGAUCUCAACACUCAUCAUUUUCUAAAACUUUAGAUACUUCUUUCUCCAAAGUUAACAAAUUUCAGUCUCAUACAUCAAAUGAUGGCAUAGUUCUAACGCAAUCUGUACCAUCUUUUUAUUCUGUUCCAAUCAGUUCGUCGAAUAGUGUGUAUCAUGAUACAGUUUCUCAUCCAAUUGUCUACCAUACUCCUGUUGUAACAAAAACUGUUACACCUGUAUUAAAGAAAAGUGAAAUAGUGUCUCCAGCUUUAACAUCUCAUGUUGCUCCUGUAAUUUCCUCAAUUGUAACCAAAGAGCCUCCAUUUGCUUAUUCGUCUCCAGUCAUUACUAAACCAGUUUUGAAUAAAGCUAUUUUAGCACCUACGGUUAUUCAAACUGCUCCAGUGAAAGCUAUAGCUUAUUCCCCAACGCCCUUAGUAGCUCAUGCCUCUUUCACUGGCCUAGGAACUAGUUAUUCCUGGUAA